AUGCAAUUUACACUUAACGACGUCCAGAACAAACCCGCUGCAAUCGACUUAGCCGUCACCCAAAUUAAGGCGGAGCUUCAAGACCUUAGAGGGAAGUUGAAGAAUGAAAAUGGUCACCAAAAUCAGGAUGUGAUCGAAACAUUACAGGAUUUUAAAGACAAGGACAUUAAUGGUGAUUGGACGUUUAGUGCUGGUGAUUGGAAAAAUACUAAAUGUCUAACAAUACUCCAGGAGCGCCUUGGAUAUCAGAAUAGUAUUCUGGCCAAGCAACCUGGUAUAAUUAACACAGCCAUUUCCGAAAUUAAGUAUCAACUUGCCGUGGUCGGAGUCAAAUUGCGAAAUGUUGGGAACAAUGAUGACAUCCUUAAUCCGUUGCAGCGAUUUAAGCGAAGGAUUGGCCGAAAUGCACCGGAGCCAUGGAAUGUUCAAGGCAUUCAUGACGUAAUUAAAAAGCUGCAAGAAGAGCCAUUUAAAACACAACCCGACGCAAUUGGUAAAGCCAACUCAGCAAUUAAGGCAGAACUCACUACCCUUCGAGGUGAGUUGCAAGGCUCCAAGCCAGGCGACGAUGUCAUUGAGACACUGAACGAUUUGAAGGGCGAUGGACUAAGUGGACAGGAGUGGAAAGUUAAUGGUCAAGAUAAAAAAGGCCUCGCAAAAAUUAAUAGUGAACUUAACACUCAACAAAGUGAGCUGUCCACUCAACCCACUGAAAUCGGCGGUGGCGUCGACCAAAUCACCAAUGAGCUUACAAGGCUUCAGACGCAGUUGCAAAAUCAAGUUAUCUUUAAGUUACUAAAUUUGCAGAUUGUUGGUCUGAAUAAUGGUGACUGGGAGAUUAUUGAAAAUGGCAAAGGCCUCACUAAAAUCACCGAAGACAUCGUGACCAUAAAAACAGAGAACGUUAAGGACGUGAGGGACAAACUCAAGGAGCUGUGCACGGCGAUUAGGCACAUUGCAAGAGAUCUCAAAGGCAUUUUAAAGGAAGUGAAGGAUAAUCUGAUCGGCGAGUUGACUGGAAUUAAAAAUAAUCUGCGCCAACUGCUAAGCGGCCCGGUGCAUACUGCCAUAAAAGACCUCAGGGCCUUCUUAAGAUUCCUCGUUAACGGCAAGGCGCAACUCAUCAAAUACCUCACACAAUUCGUCAACCAGGAAAUCAAAGAAGCCGAAGAGACAUUGAUCAGGGAGGCACGCCGACAAUAUGUCUCCAACAUCAAGGAGCUUUUGAAGGCCUUCCGCCAGAAGGUGGAAGAGGAGCUGCGGGAGUUGCCGAAUGAAAUUAGCAGAGAUCUCUACUUGGGCUACAAGGGGUUAAUAAAAUACAUGUAUGGCCCUUUGAGUUCCGAUUUCACGGGCCGUGAAGAGAGCGUUCCACAAUUAUCCUCUGCGUUCCGGGAGCUUUAUGAGCAAGUACAGACGUAUCUCCUGGGGGAGAUAGGAAGAGAGGCCGACGAGCAAAACAGGAAGAAAAAUCCUGCGCUCCCGCCGUCCGAGGAGCCGUACAACAGUAAGCUCAACGAGGUGUACGACACGCUGGCCAAGUUGCUCGCGUACUUCAAAGACAACGAUACCUUCGACCACAGACUCCAAGCGCUGCUCCGCAACCUCACCGACGCGCUGAGUGACCUGCGACCUGAGAGCUUCGCCAGGCCCUCAAGUCCCCUACUGGACGGCCUGGUGGAGGGGCUCACAAAGUUCACCGCCGAGUUCACAUGUGCGUACGUCUCCGCCUACGCCGGCGCACAGUUCACUGAUGAAGAAGGUGAGAAGUGCGCCAAGGUCUUUCUCACCACGCUGCCCACACUGUGCGACGCCUUCAACAGGCUGGCGGAGCAGUGCGGCAAAGACGGCAGCUGGAGGGAUAUGAACAUUAAUGCAACCAGUAAACUCGGCACAUUCUUCCAGCGCUGCGGCUACAAGGUCUCGACCUCUCCAACUCUGCAGGACGGCGAGCUGCGCGACGACUGCAACGGUCGCGACGUGUAUGUCCUCGUCACCCAGAACAUUAGGAAUACCGAAGACAACGAACACCUCAAAAAAUGCCUGUCCCUCACACACGACUGUAAUCUCUUGCAGCUCCUCAAAUGCCUCUGCACGCACCUCCACCAGUACUACAGGACGUGCCACCUCAAGGUGCAUCCCUCACCCCGGCCGCCGUGUUCCAUCUACGAGAUGCUUCAAUGGUGCUGCGGGCUUACGUACAAUCCCGUGCAUCUCACCGUCACCCAUGAUGCCCUGCCAUCGCUGUUCGAGGCGCCGGAUAAGCAGGGCUCUGCUGACUCCGAAGUGUCCCUCACUGACCUCGGCAGCCUGGCGCUUAAGGCCCACCCGCGGGUCAUAACACCGGCGUCCCUCACCGACGCACUCACGGAGGUCUGCCACCGGUCGCAUUCAGUGCUCACCACAUUGCUCGGCUUCGGCCACGCAGGUGGCAUCUACGCCUGCGACUUCAACACCAACCCGGCAGGCCUCCUCUACCCCGGCGACGCCGACGCUUUGCUCUGCCUGCUGUACAAUGUGCUCAAACGCCUCCACCACCAACUCCAUUUCCUCUACCGCCGGUGCCUCUACAACGCCCGGCACGGCGGAUGGCUCGACUGCUGGUACGGCCGGGGCGUCGGUGGCUCAGCGUGGAGGUGCAACACCAUGCAGUGUGCCAACCAAAUGUGUCCCCAAAAGGUUGACCAAAAUGCCAACCAAACUGGUAACCAAAUGACCAACCAAAAUGCCAACCAAGCGUGUGACCAACAUCCCAAGUGCGGCGUCAAGUCGCCGCUCCAGUCGUUCCUCGAGGACGGCCUGGUGGGCUUUUUGCCUCACGACUUGUCGGCAGAUGGCACCUGUGUCUCAUGCUCCGGCUGUGACACCAAGUCACCCGGCCUGCCGUGCAAGACGCCCAUGGGCCUCUCCAACAUUACCAGGCUGGCCUCCCGUGCCUCCACAGGCCGACACAUCAUGGACGUUCUCGGCGCCUUCUGCGGCGGCGCAUCGUCGCCCCUCGCCAGGCUCUGCGGCUACCUGAAUUGCCUCCUCACCCGCCCGCCACGCACGCCAGACGACCUGUUCGCUUUCUUCUACAAUUUCCUAUGUGAGUGGCGUAAGGGCGGCGAGCACCGUAAGGCGGCCUUCGAGGACGCCGUCGGCGCUGCGUGCUUCCGGCAGCGGGGCGUGACACUGGACGUCAGUACAAUCUUCAGCACCAGUAACCACGGCUCAGUGCCAGACAUUCCUCACCUCACCGGGGACCUCUUCUCACUCGUCAAGUGCAACGGCACUCCACACUCCGCUCCGUCACACCACUGCGGCCCCUACCUCAAGCCACUCGGCCACGACGUACGCGCCACCUUCGCCAAGGCACACGCCCACCUCUACCUCUCGUGGGUAGUGUACCUCACGGAGACAUUCUACGACCUGCUCAAGCAACUGCUCCGGGACUGCGAGCGCACCUGCGCCGAAGCCACGUCCACCUGCCACGCCCUUUUUGCGUCCCACAAAUGGCGUCGACCUGCACUCAGCUUGCCAAAGUGGUCUAAAAGUCAAAGGCCUCGAGGCAAUUUACACUUAACGACAUCGAAAGUCAACCCGCUGCAAUUGGCAAAGCCGGGGAAGUUGAAGAACACUAAUAAAGAUGAUGCCAUUAAAAGACUGGAGCACAUGAAGGAGCAGGGCCUUGGUGAAAAAGAUGACUGGCAGAAUGGUAAUGGUCAAACUCUCAGUGGCCUUGGAAGAAUCGAGAAUGACCUUAGCGAGGAAAUUAAGAAGUUGCCUCAACAAACCGAAAUUAUCAGAAAAGCCGCAAUACGAAUAUACGCCGAGAUUGCAAAUGUCAAAAUAGAUAUGGACAAUGUCUUCAAUCCAUUUGACGUCAUGGACCAUUUGCGUCGGUUGGGGAAAAAGAUCGGCACAAGUAAAGAUGGAUACAGUGACAGCCUUCAAGCAAUUCAAAACAUGAUCAGUGAUCUGCAAUCCGGUGAUUUUACUAAUAAACCUCAAGCCAUCGGAGAUGCCAAGCAAGAAAUUGUAAAAGAACUCACUGCCAUUCGAGAUGCGCUGCAAGGCACCAAGGACAACGAUGUCAUCAAGACUCUGGAAGAUUUGAAGGGCGAUGGACUAAGUGAUAAGGAGUGGAAUCACGGAGAGAAUAAAAAAGGCCUUAAAACAAUCGAAAGUGCACUUCAAGGUCAACAAAAUACGUUGUCCAGUCAACCUGAAAAAAUCGGCGGUGGCGUCUCACAGAUCACCGGGGAGCUUACAAAGCUCCAGAAGCAGUUGAACAAUGACGUCACUAAAAGGCUGCAGAAGCUGAGAGACAGUGGCCUUACUGACGGUAUUACACCGUGGACAAUGAACAAUCAGCCUCUCACAGGUAUCCAAAAAAUCACCGAAGACAUCGAGGCCAUAAAAACCACGGACGUUAAGGAAGUGAAGGAGAGACUCAAGGAGCUGUGCACAGAAAUUCGUACCAUAACGAGGGAGGCAAAAAGGGACUUGGAACAUGUGAAAAAAGACAGGCUGGAGUAUGAGUUGACUGGAAUAAAAGACCAAUUGCACAACCUGCAGAUCCGUCUGGUGAGUGGGCCAAUUCAGGCCUGCAGGGAGUUCAUUAACAAGGACGCCGACAGGUUCGGAAGGGAUUGCAUUGCGUCCCUCACGGCGUUCGUCGACGGCCAAGUGGCCACCGCAAUCGAGGACCUAACAGCCUUCGCCAAGCAGCAGUGCGCCGCCAACAUCAAGGAGGCGCUGAAGGCGUUCGCCCGGAAGGUGGAGGAGGAAUUAAGUCCCUUGCCUCCGUUAAUAAACGGGGAUCUGCAGAUAGGGUACAAGGGGUUAAUGAGGCAGGUUGAAGGGAAGCCGGAGACUCAAGUUGCAGGUGCACAAGGGGAAUUUGAGAAGUUCGAAGAGUUUGUGAGGACUUUGCCAUCUGAGUCGAAGGAGAGAGUGUUCAAAAAAUUGGCCGCAGUGUUCAUGCACUUUUACGGUGAGCUCAAGGCGUACGUCCACAAAGAGAUCAGGAGAGAGCACAAGGAGGAAGGCAAGAAGAAAAACCCUGUGCCCCAAGAACCCGAAGCGCUCUACACAGACAAACUUGUAAGAGUCACACUCUCAUUGAAUGCGUUACUUGAAUACAUUAGAACUGAGGAUACCUUCGACCACAGACUCCAAGCGCUGCUCCGCAGCCUCACCGACGCGCUGAGUAACCUUAGACCUGAGAGCUUCGCCAAGCCCUCUACCCCCCUACUGGACGGCCUGGUGGAGGGGCUCACAAAGUUCACCGCCGAGUUCACAUGUGCGUACGUCUCAAGAUACGCCGGCGCACAGUUCACCGAUGAAGAAGGUGAGAAGUGCGCCAAGGUCUUUCUCACCACGCUGCCCACACUGUGCGACGCCUUCACCAGGCUGGCGGAGCAGUGCAAGACUGGCGGCAAGUGGAGGGAUCUGAGCAUUAAUUCAAGCAGUGCACUCGGCGCUUUCCUCCAGCGCUGCGGCUACAAGGUCUCGACCUCUCCCACCCUGCAGGACGGCGAGCUGCGCGACGACUGCAACGGCCGCGACGUGUAUGUCUUGGUGAGUCAGCGAAUUACGGAGACAGAGGACAACGCACACCUCAAAAAAUGCCUCUCCCUCACACACGCCUGUAAUCUCUUACAGCUCCUCAAAUGCCUCUGCACGCACCUCCACCAGUACUAUAAGACGUGCCACCUCAAACUGCAUCCCUCACCCCGGCCGCCGUGUUCCAUCUACGAGAUGCUCACAUGGUGCUGCGGGCUCCCGUACAACGCCGUGUACCUGGGCCUCAACUCCGAAGCACUGCCUUUGCUGUUCGAGGCGGAGGAGCCGGACUCCUGGGACUCCGACGUGCCCUUGAUGAACCUCAGCAGCCUGGCGCUUAAGGCCCACCCGCAGCACAUCACUGUCACUUCCCUCACCGACGCACUCACGGAGGUCUGCCACCGGUCGCAUUCGGUGCUCACUACAUUACUCGGCUACGGUCACGCAGGUGGCAUAUACGCCGUCGACUUCAACACCAACCCCGGAGGCCUGCUCUAUCCCUGUGACGUGGACGCGCUGCUCUGCCUGCUGUACGAUGUGCUCAAACGCCUCCACCACCAGCUCUAUUUCCUCUACCGCCGGUGCCUCUACAACGCCCGGCACGGCGGAUGGCUCGACUGCUGGUACGGCCGGGACGUCGGUGGCUCAGCGUGGAGGUGCAACACCAUGCAGUGUGCCAACCAAAUAUGUGACCAACAGUGCAACCAAAAUGCCAACCAAACUGGUAACCAAAUGACCAACCAAAAUGCCAACCAAGCGUGUGACCAACAUCCCAAGUGCGGCGUCAAGUCGCCGCUCCAGUCGUUCCUCGAGGACGGACUGCAGGGCUUCCUACCUCACGCUGUUACACCCAUGGACAGCUGUGUCAAGUGCUCCGGCUGUGACACUACGUCGCCCGGCCUGCCGUGCAAGACGCCCAUGGGCCUCUCCAACAUUACCAGGCUGGCCUCCCGUGCCUCCACAGGCCGACACAUCAUGGACGUUCUCGGCGCUUUCUGCGGCGGCGCAUCGUCGCCCUUCGCCAGGCUGUGCGGCUACCUGGAAUGCCUCCUCACCCGUCCGCCCCGGACGCCAGACGACCUGUUCGCCUUCUACUUCAACUUCAUAUCUGGGUGGCGUAAGGGCGGCGAGCACCGUAAGGCGGCCUUCGAGGACGCCGUCGGCGACGCGUGCUUCUGGCAGAGGGACGUGACACUGGACGUCUCUGCAAUCUUCGGCACCAGUGACCAUGGCACCCUGCCAAAUAUGCCUCACCUCACCGGGGACCUCUUCUCCCUCGUCGACUGCAACGGCACUCCACGCUCCGCUCCGUCACACCCCUGCGGCCCCUACCUCAAGCCCCUCGGCCACGACGUCCGUGCCACCUUCUCCAAGGCACACGCUCACCUCUACCUCUCGUGGAUAGUGUACCUCACGGAGACAUUCUACGACCUGCUCAAGCAACUGCUCCGGGACUGCGAGCGCACCUGCGCCGAAGCCACGUCCACCUGCCACGCCCUUUUUGCGUCCCACAAAUGGCGUCCACCUACACUCAGGCAAUUUACACUUAACGACGUCCAGAACAAACCCACUGCAAUUGGCAAAGCCGUCCAAGCAAUUAGGAAGGAGCUUCAGAAGCUUAGGGAGAAGUUGAAAGAUGGCAGUAAAAAAGAUGUUAUUGAAAGGUUGACAGAUUUGCAAGGCGACGGUCUUGGUCAAUAUGCUUGGAACGGGAAGCAAACUCAAGAUGGUAAACCUCUCAGUGGCCUUGGGAAAAUUCAUGGUGACCUUCAAGGUCAGAAUACUGAAUUGGGCAAGCAAAACAAAAUUAUUGGAGAUGCCAUCGGCAUUCUUAAGUGGGAGAUAAACCAUCUGCUUGGCAGCAUGGGAAUGAAGUUGAAUGAUGAUCUAGCAAAUGAUGACAUUGUCGACCAGUUGGGAUGGUUGGGGAAAAUGAUUGGUAAAAGUCAAAAUGGAUAUAAGAGCAGUCUACAACGCAUUCAUUAUGAAAUAGAUUGGCUGCGCCAAAGUUAUUUUACAUACAAACCCACAACCAUCGAUGUCGCCAAGCAACAAAUUGUAAAUGAACUUGGAAACCUCCGAACUGAGUUGCAAGGCACCAAGGACAGUGAUGUCAUUGAGACAUUGAACGAUUUGAAGAACACUGGGCUAAGUGGAAACAAGUGGGAUAAAAAUGAGCAUGGAAAUAAUAAAAGCCUCAAAAGCAUCGAAGAUGCCCUUAACACUCAACAAACUACAGGGACGUUGAACACUCAGGUCACCGAAAAGCUGAGAAAGCUGAGAGAGCAUGGCCUUGAAAAAGGUGAACAACCAUGGACAAUUGAAAGUAAAGCAGACAAAGGCCUCACUCAAAUCACCGAAGACAUCGAAGCCAUAAAGGACAGGGACGUUAAAGACGUCAAGCAUUAUCUCGUCGCCCUGUGCAGUGCUGUCAGGCACAACGCAAGAGAUCUCAAAGGCAUUUUAAAGGAAGUGAAGGAUAAUCUGAUCGGCGAGUUGACUGGAAUUAAAAAUAAUCUGCGCCAACUGCUAAGCGGCCCGGUGCAUACUGCCAUAAAAGACCUCAGGGCCUUCUUAAGAUUCCUCGACAACGGCAAGGCGCAACUCAUCAAAUACCUCACACAAUUCGUCAACCAGGAGAUCAAGGCAGCCGAAGAGACAUUGAUCAGGGAGGCACGCCGGCAAUGUGUCUCCAACAUCAAGGAGGCGCUGAAGGCCUUCGCCCGGAAGGUGGAAGAGGAAUUAAGUCCCUUGCCUCCGUUAAUAAACGGGGAUCUGCAGAUAGGGUAUAAAGGGUUUGUGUAUGAUUUUCAGCAACGCUUCGUCACUCACAUCUCCCCUCUAAAGGGUACGCUGCAACUCGAGGCCCUGUCCACAGCCUUCAAGCGGUUCCACCUGGCGCUCUCGGGAUACCUCAGCGCAGAGAUCAGGAGAGUGCACAGCGAGGAGUACAAAAAGAAGAAUCCCUCACUGCCCCCGGCAGAGGAUCACUACGCCGAGAAGCUUUACGGCGUCACCCACGCGCUGGAGUUGUUGCUGGAGCACAUCAGCAGGGAGAAACGUUUCGACCGCAGACUUCCCGAAAUGCUCGAUAAACUCGCCGAGGCAGUCGGAUCCCUGCGACCGGAGAAAUUCGCCAAAGUCACAACUCCGAUACUCGACGGCGUGGCGGAGGCAGCGGACAAGUUUGAGAAGGAACUGAGAACAGUGUACAUCUCUACGUACGACGGGGCGUUUGAGGACCACGUGCUAGUCGACGCGCGGAACAGCAGGGUGACGGCGGACGGCGAAAAAUGCGCGAAGAUACUGUUGACGAUUCUCAAAAUUCUGUGUAAUGAUCUCACGCAUCUGGAGGAGCAGUGCACGCGGCGGUAUCCCAGCAGCAGAAUUUACUCAACUGCCGGCCCCGGUGUAUUAUUGCACCAAAUGGGCUACGACGUUGCCACAAGCCCAAAUUCCCAGGACGGUGAGCUGCAAAAUGACAACGAUAUGACCGGCGACAAAAUUGGCAGACUGCUUGGGAGACCAAUUCGGCACGCCGACCAGAAUGAACACCUCGGAAAAUGCUCCGCCGUUAAGCGAAAUGAACAGAAUAAUUAUAAUCUCUUCGACGUUAUUGCGUGCCUUUGUUAUCACCUAAAUGAAUAUUAUCAGACGUGUCAUCUCAUACUUCCACCGUCGCCUAGGACGCCGUGUAACAUCUACCAGAUGCUCUGCUGGCUGACCGGCCUCCCGCACAAUAGGGUCUACGAUCGCCUUAAGCAGCAGGUUAAAUCCGUGCUAAGCAACGCCGACGAUCAUUCCACAGACACCAAAUGGUACAUGGCCGCGCAGCCCAAAUCAGUCACCGCCACAAAUCUGACCGCUGCCUUUCACGAUGUCACGUCCCACUCCCCCGCCAUGCUCACCAGGGUGCUCGGCUACGGCGACGCUAUGACGACGUACGCCUGCGACUUUUACAACAACUCAUUGAGAUUACAUUACCCGCAGGACGGCGACGAUUGCCUGCACAUGAUGCUCCACAUUUUCCGCCUCAUGUUACCAGUCCUCAGAUUUUUGUCCUCUCUCUGCUCACUUGCCGCUCACCACGGCGGCUGGGCGGAGUGCAAGUACGGCAAGGGCGUUCCACCGUACACGUGGCAGUGCGCUCCUCCACUCACCGCCCUGCCUAGCCCUCACACGGAGUGCACGGAUAAAUCCCCCCUGAUGUCCUACCUCAACGACUGCCUGCCCGGCCACCUGCCUCACCAGGUCAGCGCCAUAGGCUGUGAGCCUAAAUGCAAAACGUGUCCCAAUCGAGCAGAUGGGAUGCCCUGUCUGACUCCCCUCGGCUUCCGGGGUUUCUCUGGAAGUACGAGGACAGGCAAGGAGCUGUGCAAAGUUCUGACCAAAUGGCUCGGCAACGACCAUAUCAAAUCGCUGCUCAGCCUCUGUCCCAGACCGCCGGCCACCCUGGCUGAGCACUUCGGGUUUGCCUCGUCACUCGUUGGUGGUUGGCAACACAGUGCUCUGCCGUCAGCCAUCGACGCCUUUCAAUCUGCGUUCACGGACUCCAUCACCGGCCAGUCCAUGACCCUCUACCGCGAGCCCGGCAAGCUCACAGAUGCUCUGCGUGAUGCUUACGGCAACGGUCGGAGUGGUCAUGGCAUUCAGCAUUCCACUGCCAAGAAUGCCGACCUGUCCAGCCUGUCGAUGCCAAGGUGCUGUGCGCUUCCCAACGACGCCAGCAUCAACUGCGCUCCCUUCCUAUCAGCCCUGUGCAGCGAUGCGUAUCAUUGCUUACCUCACCGACACGCCGACCUCUACCUCUCAUGGGCCGUCUACCUCCCGUGGACACUGUAUGAUCUGUUGCAGUGUCUAUUCACCGCGUUCCAGCAGAUCUCGUGCCGCGACUGGGGCUGCGGUGAUUGCCUUCACGAGGACCCUUGUGACCCGGGCAGCCACGGCGUCCCCAGUUCCCAGUCGUCGGGGCACAGCUGCCGAUGCCGCUCCAUCGUCCAGUGCAGGGGCGUGAUGCCGACCUUGUACAGUCACGGCUUCACCUUCAGGGACGCACCGGCGCUGAUAUCGCAGAACAGGAACUGUUUCAGCUUCCGCACUCAGUUGAGUUAUGUUAUACACUCUGAUUAUUUCAGAGAACUCUUUGACCAGUGUGACCAGUUCCUCUACCGCAUCCGUGCGCCCUUCCUCUACACCAUCACAGCACUCUGGUCUAUCGCCACGCUCUACAUCGCCCACACGAUGCUCUACCGCAUGGACGUGCUUCGCAUCCGCUCCCAUCUCCUCACCACCAGGGCAUCCCACCUCAUCGACGUCAAGGCGCUGCUCUCCACCGGCCGCAGGAUGCUCUCGCUCUACAAGGACGUCGACUACUUCGACGAUGACUUUCACUCGUGA